UACAAACAAACUCAAAAAUGGAGCAAUCUCUCCUCGAGACGCUAUUUUCCACCGUACACCUCAUAUAUCAUCGCAACAAAAAUCAACAUGGUGGCACCGCAUGGUGGAAAUGGCUCUCGAUUCUUCGACGGUGUCUUCUGAAAUUAAUAGGCUCUACUGGGAACGAGAAGAAAUGUAUGAAUAUCUCGAGAUAUUUGCAUACUCGUGUAAUUCCAAUGGGUUAUGUCGCCUUCUCAACUGUGGUCGCCGAUGGACAAUUUUCUACACUUGGGACAGUCCUUCUGGCGGCGCUCGCGCAGACGAAGAGAGUAAUUAUGCCGUUAACGUUGCGCCAAAGACGGUAUCAUCCUGUCAAAAGCAAGGUAGCAUUGUCAUUGACAGCGGCACAUAUUGUUGACUCAGAAAGCGACCUCGGCAUCCCAAUUCGUCGGGAUGUUGAGCCUUUACAAGGGAAAGAAGUGCCAUCCAUACCAAUGAUCAACGAGAAGAGAUCUACACAACAAUCUGAGAAUGAGGAUAUGGAACUACCACCGUCCGCCAAGAGCACGACGACUAAAGUCAGGAAGUCUAAAUCCAAGAAAAAGAAGUCUGCUAAUGCCAUCGAUGAUAUCUUUGGUGCAUUAAAAUGA